ACGAUCAAGAUCUUCAUUUAAAUUCGUUGGACUACAUGCAAAGCGUGCAAAAUUUCAUCGUGGACGAAGGAACUACAUUUACCAAGCAUUUCGCGACCGUUUCCAAUUGUUGUCCCAGUCGCGCAUCCUUGCUUCGAGGCCAGCACGGCUACAACACCAAUAUUACUCAUGUGCGAAACCCAGGGUAUGAGAUCUCAAAUAUUAAAACACCUAAUCCCAGACUGACCACAAUCUCUAGGGGAAAUUAUCAGAAAUGGCGUUCGAUGGGCGAGGAUAACAAUUAUCUUCCCAUCUGGUUACAAAAUGCUGGAUAUCGGACCGAGUAUAUUGGCAAAUUUAUAAAUGGUUACAGCAAGGCUCUAUAUCAAUAUAGCUCCAAGGGUUGGGACCAUGUCGAUGCUUUGGUGAGCCUACGAUCAAGAUCCACAAUGUCCAAGCUUGUGAAAGAU